UGAAAUAAUAGAAAAUAGCACAACAACAAGUUAACGCCAGCAUUUAAUUGCUUUUGCGGUACCUGCUUUUCCCCGAAUUUUAAAAUUGUAUGCUGCUGGCAACGCUGCCACGCUCACACACACCCACACAACGAGGGGAGAGCGAACGAGUGAGAGAGCGGCUGUCAUUCUCUGUUGCUCCGCUGCCUGGGAAUGUCGUCGUCGUCGGUGUCGGUGUAUUUUUAAUCGCUUUUCUCGCCUUCGCUUAGCCCAAAAAUAUUAUUAUUAACCAGAAAAGCGCCCUGCCGCGUAUCCAUGAUUUAUUGUUUAUAUAAUGCGCGCUAACUAAUCACGGAUUCGUUUCCAUUUCCACAGCACUAGUGAGCAGUGAGUGAGAAAGAGAGAGCUAGAGCGGUGAGAAUUCCAACCUGCCUGUGUGUGCUGUGCAGUGCGUGUGUGUGUGUGUGGUGCAUCAAGGCUGAUAAUACUAAAUCUAAAACUUAAACUUAAAUUAAAAUAAACUCCAAAAGCGUUUACAAUUACGCACAUAACAGCGGCAGCAAUAAACAACACAAAAUGGAAGCGAUUGCCAAACACGAUUUCUCCGCGACGGCCGACGACGAGCUGAGUUUUCGCAAAACUCAGAUCCUAAAGAUAUUAAAUAUGGAAGAUGAUUCAAAUUGGUAUCGCGCCGAGCUGGAUGGGAAGGAAGGCCUCAUACCCAGCAACUACAUAGAAAUGAAGAACCAUGAUUGGUACUACGGUCGGAUCACACGUGCGGAUGCCGAGAAGCUACUGUCCAAUAAGCACGAAGGCGCCUUUUUGAUACGCAUCAGCGAAUCCAGUCCCGGCGAUUUCUCCUUAUCAGUCAAAUGCCCAGAUGGUGUUCAGCAUUUCAAGGUUCUGCGCGAUGCCCAAAGCAAGUUCUUCCUCUGGGUGGUCAAGUUCAACUCCCUCAACGAACUGGUCGAAUAUCAUCGGACGGCGAGCGUGUCCCGGUCACAGGAUGUCAAAUUGCGUGAUAUGAUACCUGAAGAGAUGCUCGUGCAGGCGCUGUACGAUUUUGUGCCACAGGAGUCCGGCGAAUUGGACUUCAGACGCGGCGAUGUCAUCACCGUCACAGAUCGCUCCGAUGAGAAUUGGUGGAACGGCGAGAUCGGCAAUAGGAAAGGAAUCUUCCCAGCAACUUAUGUGACGCCAUAUCAUUCAUAAUAAGAUAACUUCUAAGGAGGGACGCCACACACAACGCUUCCCCUUACCCUUCCCCGCGGAAACCACAACACACACCCAUAACGAUAACGAUUAGGCAGCAUCAUCAGCAACUGCGAAUAACAGCAAGAUGGAACUACACACAAAUUUUAAAUAUUUAUAUACAAGAAACAACAUGGACAUAAAUUCUGUAGACAACGUAUACAACACAAGUUUAAGCCUAUAAGCCGAAUGCAUUUUUACGUUUUGACGUUUUUUGAUAAAACAAUACAGUACGAUACCCUUACGAAAUCGUUUCAUAGCAACUGAGUGACACUUUAAACUAGAUAUGUAAAUUUAUUUGUGUAUAUAUAGCUGCGGCCGAAUAAAAAGCAUUUGAUUCGAGUUUUCCGUUGGCAUCAUCUGAAACAGAGGGGCGAAACUCACUGCUAAUAUCUUGACCGCAACUAUAGGCAUAUGCAAGUAUGUCUGCAUACCAGAUGGCACUAUUAUUAUAAUUGUAAACAAACGGAUUUUUGAUAUAAAUAUAUAAUUUAAGUUCGAUAAAGAGAAUAUUUGUCCUGUGCUUCGAAACGAGUGUUAGGGAUUGCCCUAAAUGUUCUCUUUAGUUUAUUUGAUGUUUGACGGAGUGCGUUUAAAGCGAGUAAACACUUAUAUUUGUAUGAUUAUAUGAUAACGAUUACCAACCAAUCUUAUGCUUAACACGUUUUAUAAAAAACAAAACAAAUUCACUAUGAAAACUAAACGUUUGCCUAAAUGUCUCAAAGCUGAAGACAAUUAAAACAAAAUUUAUAUUAUAUUAUCAUAAUUGCCUACCACGUAAACUAAAUUAAUUUUUGCAUCGCUGGUUACUAUUUGCAUACAUGCACGCAUCUAUAAUUAAAUAUGUAUCUUCAUAAUGCAAAGCGAACGAUAUUAGGCCUCGGCUGCACAUGCACUUUUUGCGGCGAUUGUAACUAAAUUAUGUGAAAUUUUGUCCCCUCACUUAAAAAUCUAAAAUUGUCAAUAAUUUAGCUAUCUCGCUCGCAGUCUGUUUUGUUUAUUAUUGUUUGCAUCCCGUCUUCUGACCACCAACUCGAUUAAAAACGAAAAAUAAAUCAAAAAAA